AUGACAAGGAGUUACAACCGGAUUGAGAAGGCGCAGCCGGCCGGGUGCAUCAGCCUACUUCUGCCUUGCCGACCAAAAGCACCCGUUUCUUUUUCCUUCUUUGUUUCUGUUUUUUUGUUUGUUUUUGUUUUUAAUGUUUUUAUCACAUCAGUCGGGUUUGCUAUCUGCCUCCGAAGUGAAUGCGGUGCAGCUGAAACGAAAAGGCAAAACAGCCUGUGUUCAGUGAGAAGCCAAGGAUCUUGCAGAGAGGCGCCUGGACCCAGGCAGCACCGUACAAGGAGGAGCAGUUCCACUGAAGAAAGAGCCAGUGACUCCAUCGGGAACAGCUACAGCCUUGUGGCCAGAGAUUUUUCUACAUAUUUCAUCUAUAAGCUCCUUGGCUCAAACGACACUCCGGAGCACAGCCAGGACAGGGAGGGGCCAACACGGGAGAGGGAGUGGCAACUGGUGGUCCCGCCCUGUCGUCACGCCAACAGGGUCCUGAAAAAGAGGGAGCCCAGGCACAGUUUACAAGCCUGGCGGUUGGAAGCCCCUAAGGGAGCAGGGAGAGGCUUAUCAGUGAUGCAGCCACCUGGGGCAGUGAUUACCAUCCAGAGGGGCUGGGCUGCUGCUUCUCUCCUCCACCACCGCCUCUGCUUGUGCCUCGCAUGUCUGUCUGUGAAGAGGAGCUGCGGAGAGCCAGCAGACUGCCUCCCCUCCGGAGAUCCCCAGACAGGAGCCUGCAGGUACCCUGGCGUGGGGGUAGACAAGGGGUCCCAGGGGCGAACCAGGCACCAGGACGCCUGAAACGGGAUCACCCACCACAUGUGGGGUGCCUUCAGGACAGAGAUCCCGACCCUGAGGAAGACCACCCCGUGCACGAUGAGGCCACGAGGGCCACCCUAGCUGUCUGGAUCUCCACUCACAGUCUCUCGCGGCUAGCCCCCUACAGGCGCACAUGUCCAGCUGGACCAUUGGAAUGAGUUUGAACUUCAGCACAGGAAGUGAUCAGGAACCAGGAAGCAGCGGUAACUUUUCAUCAGUAGCGUUUUGUUUUUGAAGUCCCUGCAAAUUCCAAGCUGUCAUGUAAAAUAGAAGCAAAUGAAUAAAACAUUGUAAACAGAAGAAAGGGGGCAGGAGUAUUUUUUGAGUGCUGUUCAAAUUGAAUUUCAAACUGUGGUUAGCACUCCUUUAACACUAGAACCAUUGGAUUUUCAAACUACCUAGA